AUGCAGUUGGAGUGUAGAAACAUCCACACUUGGGAUGAGUUGGCUGAAGCAUUUGCAAAGCAAUACAAAUAUAAUACUGACAUGGCACCAAACCGUACUCAGCUUCAAAGUAUGGCCCAGAAAGACAGUGAGUCUUUCAAAGAAUAUGCGCAACGCUGGAGAGAAUUGGCUGCAAGGGUGCACCCACCAUUGGUUGAUCGUGAAUUGAUUGACAUUUUCAUGGGUACCUUGCAGGGCCAAUAUUAUGAAAGAUUGAUCAAUAGUGUGUCCACAGGAUUUUCUGACAUGGUGAUCGUGGGAGAAAGAGUAGAAGAAGGACUGAAAAGUGGUAAAAUCCAGGGAGGUUCCAACAGUCAACCAAUCUUGAAGAAGCCUUUCAAAGGAUUCAAGAGGAAGGAGGGUGAGACUAGUGCCAUUUCUUCUCAGAGGGGGAGCCCACCAUACAAGGCACCUGCUUCUGUGUCUUAUUAUCAGUACCCUUAUGUAGCGGUUGCUCAAUAUCCAACCAUGCCUUACCGUCCAAUUGCUCAUGUUCCUAUUCCAGCUCCGGUACCUCACUAUCAAGUUCCAGUUCCUCAGUAUCAAGCUCCACAACCUCAGUUCCAAGCUCCUCCACCUCAACAUCAACAGAGAAAUCAACAGAAUAAUCAACCACGUCCAGUUCAGCAGCAACGACCAAAUCAACAGAGGCCAUAUCAGCAGUACAAUAAUGUGAAUACCACUCCUAUCCCAAUGACUUACACUCAAUUUCUACCGUAUCUGAUUCAGAAUGGGACUGUCGUGCCAAGGGCAUUACCUCCAAUGCCGAAGCCGCAUAAGCCUUGGUAUGAUGAGAAUGCUAGAUGUUCCUUUCAUGCUAAUUCAGAGGGUCAUACAACAGAGAAUUGCAAAGUGUUCAAGCUCCGGGUCCAAGAGUUGAUAGAUCAGAAAAUAUUGUCUUUUGCUGAUGUUCCAAAUGUGGGGAACAAUCCUUUGCCUAAAGAUGAUGGUUCAGGUGUCAAUGCUAUAGAAAGUUCAACUAAUGAUGGAUUGAUAAAGGAUGUGUUCAAGUUGAAGACUCUUUUAACAGUGGUCCAUGCUAGAUUGAUGGAAGCAGAAUUGAUGAAUGGAGUACAUGAUAAUUGUGUGGUGUGUUCAUCCAACCCUGAUCAGUGUGGUGAAUUCAAAAUUUGUCUUCAACAUUUGAUGGAUCAGCGGGUUAUUCAGUUCACUAGAGAAAAGAUUGAUGAGGAUGUUGAUGUGAUUGUGCCUAUAUUUGAUCAAGAGAGGCUUCCCAAGCCUUUUGUGGUCCCUUAUCAGAGAAAUGUUGACCUAGAGCCAAUGAAGAAGAUUGAGCCCAUGGUUAUCCAUGUUCCCGCUCCAUUCUCAUUUGACAGUACCAAAGUCGUGCCUUGGAACUAUGAGCCUGUAGUUUAUGUGGGUAACAAACCAGUAAUCUUGAAAGAGCCAGACGUGACUAACAUUGAUGGAGCUAGUGGUGUGACUCGAAGUGGAAGGGUUUUCGCUCCUGAAGUGAUCCCAAACAAAGAAAGUGCACCAACAGUUGAACCAACAAAGAGGAAAGAGGUGAAUCCUCCAGAAGCAGGAGAAGGCUCAUCUAAGAAAGCAGUGACUGCUGAAGAGGAUAGAGAAUUCUUGAAGAUCAUCAAGAAGACUUAUGCGGCAGAAGACAUCAGUGUUAUUCAGUUUGAUAAUGUGGUUGCUAAUCUCAAUGCUAAUAGUUGUUUGAUGUUCACUGAUGAUGAUUUACCCCCUAAUGGGCGAGAACAUAAUAUGGCGCUUCAUAUCUCCAUUCAGUGUACAGAUGUUACUUUGGCUCGAGUACUGGUAGAUACAGUAUCCGAAGAGGAAGAUAUUUUCGUCAGCCAUUUGACUUCUUUCAGAUACAUUGAAGUAGGUGAAGACAUUGUUGAAACUCCUCUCCAAGCCCUUGAAGUGGUCAAUGUGGUCCAGACUAAGCCGAAACUUGUCGAAGAACCCAAGGGGGUCAUGUCCUCGUGGAAGAGUGUGAAAUCUGCAAUUGAAGCUGGUUUCCCUGGAAGUUGGGGCACAGUGAUUGAAUUACCAGAGAAGAAAGAUAAGUGUGGAUUAGGAUAUCAGUCGUCUAUUGAACUUUUCAAAGAUCAGAAGAUACAUCAGGGAAAGGUUCCUAGCAUCCAGGAAAUAUUCUCCAAAGCUGGUUUCCGAAGUGAUGAUCAAGUGAAUGCUCUUGAAGAUGAAGAUCCAGAUUUGUCCAAGAUGGUAUUUCGUGGACCUCCGGAUGCCGCUCUCACUAACUGGAAGGCAACAGAUGUUCCGUAUAUAGUUUCUUUUUCAAAGUAA